AUGGGCAUUGUCUCUGCAGAAUGUUCCUUUAUUCUCCUACUGUCUCAUAAGGCGCUGGGGCCCGGCCCAUCUCCCUGCCUCUUCUCCGCGCUGAGCAGUCGGAAAAGCGAAGAUCCUUAUAAGCCUGUGCACCUGGGCCUGCGCCCUGCAGAUGAGGUAGCCACUGUGGCCAUGGCCCGCAUCAUCGACCUGGUGCCCUGGGAGGACGGCUCCACCCACGUAUACGCGUCCCCGGCCAUCCUGCUCCCCAUCAAGCGGCGGCGCAACCAGCUGGCUGGCGUGAAGCAGCAGCUGUACCACCCAGCCCUGCCCAGCCUGCGCCGCAUGGACAUGGACUCCGUCAGGGCCUGCCUUCCCGACGAGCACUGCCAGUCCACCACCUACUGCUGCAAAGACGACUUUGACAACGCCUACUUCACGCUCCUCGGCGUCCCCAACAAACCCCUGCAGUGCUUGGACAUCACAGCGACCGGCCAGAGGCUCCGCGACAGGUGCCGCGAGGGAAAGCUGGCGCCCAUCGCGCCCGGCAUCAACCGCGUCGACUGGCCCUGCUUCACGCGCGCCAUCGAGGACUGGUCCCACUUCGUGUCCUCAGCCGGCGAGUUCAAGCUGCCCUGUCCGAGCAAGAAAGUCGAGAGUUUCAGCGGCUAUGCAGUGCGGUACUUGAAGCCGGAGGUGACCCAGAACUGGCGGUACUGUCUCAACCAGAACCCCAGCCUGGACCGCUACGGACAGAAGCCCCUGCCUUUCGACUCCCUGAACGCUUUCCGACGCUUCGGCUCACGCUACAGUCGUGUCAACUACCUGAUCCCCUGGCAUUAAUCUGUGAAAAGGAGGCCGAUCCUCUGGCUGCCGGACCGUGCCACCUCAGGUUCCCCAGCAGGACAGAGAGUGUAUGGUGGCACCACCCAUCUCCCUUAGAGUUCAGCCUGACUGGAAAUAAACCUAAUGCUCCUACAGGGAGGCACCAGGCCCUUGUGCAAGUGCGUGUGCGUGUGUGUGUAUGUGUGUGUGUGUGUUGCAGGGGCUGGGACAGGGUCAGGACCUCAGGAUGACAACUCCUGGAGGACUGGUGGGGGGCUGGAGAAAGAUGUCUCGUGACCCCAGAUAGAGAGUCAGGGUCUAAGCCCCAAGGCCCAGCCGGAGGUGAGGUGCAGAGGCAGGCCUGGGAAUUGGGUUUUCCUUGUGCCCCCGUCCCCUGCUUGCAGCCCCAUGACCAAGUCCCCUCCACCUCAGCCUCUGAACUUGAGCCCUAAAGAGAAAAGAGGGGGUUCAAAAGGGGUUUUUAGACACCUCUCUCAGCCCUCGCCAUACCGGUGUACUCUGGGGGCUUCCCUGGGCCCGGGAUCCCCCUGAAGAGGUGGAGGCAGGCUCUGGCCAGGCCUGUGGCCUCUAUUCCCUGUGAAGUAGCAGAGUGUAGAAGUAAGAUGAGGUGCCUGAGCCCACUCAGAGAAGAAAGUUUCCUGCUCCCCAAGGCACAGCCAACGAAUAUAGCGUGUAAGCAAAAAGUUGUCUGCUCUAUCCACAUGGCUUCAGGACUAGCCCUCCUCUGCCCACUGACGUACAGAGACGAAGGCAUGAUGUCCUGGGAACAGCCAUGGGCACUCCUGGGCCAGGCCCAGAAUAACCCCACUCAAAAGGGCUAAGGAAGAGUGUCUCCAGCGUGGUCAGGGGGUUAGAGCAGCCAGCAUCAGCGCUUAGCCCCCUGACCUUCCAGAUACCCCAUCCCCACCCACCGUGGUCUGUCUGCAAGGACAGACCCAGAUCAAGAUAAUAGUCACCAAGCUCAAAAAUUGUCUGAAAAGGACUUCUGGUGCUUCGAUCUGGGGCCUCAGGGAUCCAUCAACCUUUCAAAAUUAUGUGCAAAACCAUAUGUCUACCCACAUGUGCAUUUUCCAUGGAAAGGCUCCUUGUUUCCAUCAGAUUCUCAGGAAAGUCAAUGCCCACGAAAGUUAGGAAACUUACAUCUCCGUCCCCUUCCACUAAUAUUUACUGAGCACCCAAUGCGUGCAAGCCAGGUCUCAGGUCUCUCAGAAGGAAUUUAAAGAAUAAUACCAGCCCCUCCCUCUGGACCCUGUGUUACACUGUUCAGAAUACAUUGUCAUAUGACCCAUUGUCUCCUCCAGGCCUCACAUCCCAUAAGCACCCUGGAAAGUGAGCAGAACCAAUGCUACCCUAUUUCACAGAUGGGAAAACUGAAGCCCAGAUCAGGGAAGUCAUUAGCCUCCAGCCAAACCCAGAAACAGGACUCAAAGCAAGUCUCAGCACUGCCACAGUGUUCACAUAUAGUUUGUGCUCAACAUUAGUAGAAUCAAUUAUUUCCCAGAAUGGGGGUCUUUCAUUCAACCUUGGGUAAUAAACAAGGAGAUGAGUUGUGUUGUUGUCUGAUAUGCAGACAGAGCCUGCCUUGCAGUCCUGAGGCUGAUUUUAAUUUCUUUUAGGGGCGGAUGUAACAAUCAUUACCCUUACUCUGAGGUGAGAGACCAUGGUAUCUGUCUCUCUGUCCUCAAGUACGGGGCUCUGCUGACAAUAGGGGAGGACACAGGAGCGUGGGGAGGAGCAGAUGGGAAGUAGAGAGCAGAGCCCAGAGCCCCUUCCUCCUCGGGGCCUGUUGAGGAGGUACCAGCCUUGUGCCAUCUUAUGCAGGACGAGGCCCUUUCCUCCAAGCCCAACAGGCAGUCCACCUGGCUUGAACUGUGGGAAGCCAUUGGCAGAGCCCCUGGAGUGUCAGAGCCACACACUGCAGCCCUAAGUGCCCCCUCCAACAUAGCAGCUCAGAGAAGAGAUGGAUUUGCCCAAGGCUCACAGCAGGGACGCUGGAGACCUGGCCUGUGUGAGACUGGGGACAGCGGGAGAACGUACUGAAGCAUGCCAGAGGGAAUCAAGUGCCCGGGAGUUUUUUCCUGGCCCUGCUUCCUUGACGCUGAAUAACUGGGCAAGUCCCUCUGAGAACCUGGCCCUGCAGACAUUCGAGGCCUCGCCAGGCCCCGUGCUGGGUGCUGGAUGCCAGAGGGACACAGACCAGUUGCCAUCCCUGCCUUUGAGGCGCUUCCAAUACAGUAGGAGAGAGGCAGGCCCAGCUGAUUCAAACCUGAGAGCAGAAGGGGAGAAUGUGGGCACACCGAAGCCAUGUUCCUCGAGCCCAAGGUGCCAUGAAUGGUAACCCACACCAGCAAUCUGUUUAGGUUCUGGCCCACCAGUUGUACACUGAAUCCUGACUUCCUGGAUAUAAAAAUGCAUGCCCAGGAAUAAAGGCAAUGCAGAGUAGAUGAGCAUUAACAAGCCUGACUGAGUAUACACUUUCCAUUUUUAAGUGCAAGGCAAUGUAUUAAGCACUUUGCAGGCCCCAUAUGAUGGGUGAUUUUAGACCCACUUUACAGAUGAUGAAAUGGACUCAGGGAGGUUCAGUGGCUGGCCCAAGGUCACACAGCUGGGGAUUGGCAGAGCUGGGAAAUGAAGCCAGGCUGCCUAACCCCUGAGCCUGCGGCUACCACACUUUGUUGCCUUCCUGCUAUGAGAGAGAUGCAAGCCAAGAGUGGGGAGGAAAUCAGGGGGGCUUCCUGGGGGGCGAGGACAUUUGACUAGGGCUUAGAGGAAGGAGAAGAUGUUCCACCAGAAAGCUCUCUUGGAGUUGCUGGCGGUGGCAGAGUCUGCAGGUUGCGAAUCUCACCAAAAGGCCAAGAGAUGGAAAGAAGCCCCACCCCUGCCCACCUGGGCCACUGUCUCCUGGCCUGGAAGUCUCCUCAGCCUGGGAGGGGGGCUCUUUGUUCAUCAUAAAUAGAUCACAUUAGAAAUCCUCCCUGUGGCGCCUGCCUUGGAGACAGCCCAGUCUCCGUGGCCUCACCUCCAGGCCUUCCUGGCCUAACCCCAAUCCACUGCCCUGGCCCUGGGCCUCAACGCAUUACACUAACACAAACCCCACCACCAGCCUGCUUGCUGUGCCAGCACCCCCAGACUCUUGUCUGCCUCCUAACUUUUGUUCAAAGCCUUCAUUCCCCCUGAAAUGCUUCCCUGUCUCUUCCUACCCAAAUCCCACCCUUUCUUCCAGGCAGCCCUCUCUCAAGGCCUCCCUUUUCCCCCUAUUCUUCCCCAAGAUUAUGUAUAGGACAGGGACUAUAGCUGUUUCUGGGGACUAACCCAUAGCCUCUGGCCCACAGGAGGAUCUCAGGAAAUACUGCACUUGCCAGCUUCUCCUAUCUCUCUAAGUGGACGUGGGGCUCAGGAAUGGGGUCUGGGGCCUCCCAGAACCAACACACAGAUCUGGACUAAAUGAAACAACUGCUACAAUAGUAGUUGUGUUUAUUACAAAGAAACACACAAAACAUACAUCCUCACUCAGGGGCUGGCAAUGGGGGAGGAUCAGGGAUGGGGUAAGGUUCC